AUGUCGACUGUACAUAUCACGUCGUCGUUCUGCAAAACGUUAAAUAAAAGCAGAAAAAGAAAAAUAAAUGUGAAUGAGUGGAAAUGUAAUAAAAACAAGAAAUUAAGGAAUAGUGGAAGUGAAUAUAUAGACCGGCAAGGACGAAUUAAACCCACGAAAGCUACAUCUCGAGAGGCUAGAAUCUGCAAGCCUGAGACAUGCAAAAAGGGUGGCUGUACCAGUAUAACUAUUGACGAUAAGGAAAUGCUAUUUAAUUCUUUCUAUGGUAUGGAUUAUAAUGACCAAAGUUCCUAUUUAGUAAAGUGUAUUGCUAUGGGUGCCCCGAAGAGACUUCGAGCUGGAAAAACCGAUGCAACUUCUAAGAAGUUAGCUGCGUUUACAUACUCAGUAAUGCUAAAACGGAGUGGCAAGUAUGUAUCAAUGCUUAUGUGUAAAAGGAACUUUUGUGAUAUUUUUCAAAUAAAUACCAAGAGCAUUCAAAUACUACAGUCUAAAAUGAAAGAUGGUGUUACCAUUCCCACUGAUCUGCGAGAAACUGAAGAAUCUCGGAUUAAAAUACAACAGGAUAGUGAGCUGCACCAUAGGAAGGCAGAAGCUGGGUAUCGUUUCCUAAAGGAAGACAUCGAAUCAAGUAAAGUGUCCACCACUAAGCACGUUUUAUGCAUUGAUAUGCAGCAGCACGAAUCUAUCGCUGGACGAGGUUCUGCUGAAAUAGUAUCGGCAUUAUUAGCUUAUAUAGAAGAUCACUUUGAUAUUUUGAAACCGGGAGAAGAACGCCAUCUGAUAAUAUGGUCUGAUAGAUGUGUCGGCCAGAAUAACAACUGGAAAGUGGUAAACUUGUGUCAUUAUUUAGUACAGUGCCAUUAUUUUACCAUUGUUGAACAGAAAUUUCUUUGCUCAGGACACAGUUUUUUACCGUGUGACAGAAAUUUCGCACUUAUUGAACAAAGAAAGAAGGUAUGUAAAGUCUAUGUUCCUGAUAUGUGGAAAGAAGUUAUAGAAAGUGCCAGUCAUAAAAAUGCUUUUGAAGUCAAACUGCUCCAGCAAAAUGAUUUUAAAGAUUUCGCGCCAAUCGAAAAAAAUGUUAAGAAAAAUCCUAAUUUAAAGAUUACUCAAUAUAUGUGGUUUAGAUAUAGUGCAGAUGAUCCUUCUAAUGUAAACGUGCGUCCAAGCCAUAAUACGUUUGCUCCUUGGACUUCAUUCAACAUAUUUACAAAAAAAAAGAUGCAACCUCCUGGACGCUCAAAUCUUCCUCUACUUUAUAAUGAACCACUGAAAAUAACCUUUGAGAAAAAGCAAAAUUUGAUGGACAUGUCCGACUAUAUUCCUUUGAAGUACAUUAACUUUUACGAGAGUCUUACUUGUAAAGGAAAGAAGAAUUGA